AUGCCUCUCUCCCGAUUCAUCCUUCUCCCACCUUCCCCUCUCCACUCUCGCCGCACCACCACCAAAAACACCCCAGAUCUCCACCCCCAAACGCUUUCUUACGGCCUCCAUCCCCCACCUUUUCCUACCUCUAAACCUCCUCCAUCUCCAUUCCCCAACCUGUUCGACCAAACUCCUCCACCUUCCUCCUUCCAAUGCAACACUCUCAUCCGAGCCCACACCCAAUCCCACCUCCCCGAGGCCGCCCUCCUCCUGUUCCAAAAGAUGCUUUCAGAUGGCCGUGCUCCACCCGAUAAGUUCACCUUCCCUCUAGUCCUGAAAGCCUGCGCCCAGCUCUCCGCCCUCGACGAGGGCGAGCAGAUCCACUGCAUGAUUCUGAAAUCACAAUCUGUCCCCGCCGAUGAUGUCUACGUCACGACUUCUAUCAUUCGCAUGUACGCACAAUGUGGCAAGACGGAUGAGGCCCAGCGGUUAUUCGAUGGAAUGCCGAACAGAAAUGUUGUUACUUGGAACACCAUGAUCGAUGGGUUUGUAAAAUCUAAUGACAUGAACUCCGCGCGUAGGCUUUUCGAUGAAAUGCCAGAUAGAAAUGUUGUUUCUUGGAAUUCUUUGAUGGGAGGGUAUGUGCGGAAUGAAUUACCACAUGAAGCUCUUAAAAUAUUCAUCGAGCUGCAGAUUUCAGGUGUAGUGCCUGAUGAGUCCACGAUGGUGAGCGUCAUCUCAGCGAUCUCUGAUCUUGGUCUCCUUAGUAUUGGCAGAAGGGUGCAUGGGUACAUAAUACGUCAGAAAAUCUCGCUAGAAGAUGCUCUUGGAACCGCGCUGCUCAAUAUGUAUACUAAAUGUGGUGACAUAGGUGAUGCAUACCAGGUUUUUUUAAACAUUGCAGAAAAAAAUGUUGGCCACUGGACUUCAAUAAUUGGAGGAUUUGCAGCUCAUGGCCUUGUGGAAGCUGCUCUUGAAUUGUUCUCUGAGAUGCUAAAAUUAGGUGUUGAGCCCAAUCAUGUAACGUUUAUUGGCGUUCUGAGUGCCUGCAGCCAUGGCGGGCUAGUGAAUGAAGGUGUAGAGUAUUUCAACCUCAUGAGAAGUUGCGGCAUCAGACCAACGGUCCAACACUAUGGGUGCUUGGUGGAUCUGCUAGGCCGCUCUGGACUUUUAGAAGAAGCAUUGGAGCUUGUUGGCAAUGUACCUAUGGAGUCUGGAGUAGUGAUAUGGGGCACACUUUUAGCUGCAUGCCGGAACCAUGGCAAUAUUGAGAUUGCAGAGAUUGUGGCUCAGAAAUUGAUCGAGGUUGAAUCAGAAUAUGGAAGCUGCUAUGUUCUACUCUCUAAUCUCUAUGCACACAUGCGUAGAUGGGAGGAUUUCAGAAGAACUAGAAAGAUGAUGGAGGAGAAGGGGGUGCUGAAGGCUCCCGGUUUCAGUUGGAUUGAAGUGGAUGGUGGCGUUCAAAUAUUUGUAGCAGGGGACAGGUUUCAUGUAAAUAGGAGGGAGAUCUAUUGCAUGUUGGAUGACUUGAAGCUUAAUUUGAGAUGGGCAGGGUAUGAACCAGUUACAUGUGCUCGUCCUGGAGAUUAG